AUGACCGAAAAAGUCGAUAAACUAAUUGCUGACACAAUAGAAUUCAUGGAGGAUGACAAGAAUACCUACAACGUCAACACCGCGACUACAAAUAAGGCUAUUCAGAAUAUCGGUGCCAUAUUCCAAGCGGAAAAGGCGAAUUUUGCAUAUCUUCGCGAGCUGUUUCAGUCUGAUCAUGAAGCAUUCCAGUCUUCUAUCGCUGCGAAAAUCACAAAGCUUCAGGAGGAUCUGGCGACAGAAAACAAGAUCAUGGAUGCUCUCGCCAUCAAGGAGGAAAAGUGUAAGGUGUUGUAA